GUAGCACUCACUAAAAUGCAGAUAAUUAUACAAAGGGCCUGUGGUCUGUACUAAGAAGACCUUUACGGAGCCUUUGGACUGCAUGGUGCCAUUGCAGCGGGAGGAUCAUACGGAAUAAAGAUGGUGUCAAAGACGUGGCUGUGGCUCCUUUAUUCCUUCACCCUCCACGUCGUCUAUAUCGUCGGGACUGAAAUGCCUAUAAAGGUAGUAUGUUAUAACAAGAUGCUCAUCACCGAUCCACAAUGUGAUGCCACUCAUGAAAAGAUGUAUCCGAAAACGUUCACAAUCGGCCGCCUUCAAAACCAAGCGUGUUCCAGUAAGAUUCAUUCGCCUUCGCUAAGACACGAUGAAUACAUACAAUGUUGUCACAUGAAGGAUGGAGACACAGGUGAGACGUAUCAUCUUCCAGCUGAAGCAUACAAGUUUUCUCAACAUAACAUAAUGUACAAGGAGUUUGUGACACAAUGCAUAGGACAAGCUCGGUGUGAGUUACGCAAUCCUGGCGUUGUACACGACACGAAUCUACAAGACGGUGACUUAGCGGAUUACGUUGCUUUUGAAUAUGAGUGUGUAGAGGAGAAACAAAUUUUGCAUUUCACGGGGGAUUCCACUCUAAACGACUCACAGAUUUUCUUACUCCACGACCAAGCAGCGCAAUCAGUUAAAAACUCUUACUGUGUUGCUUACACAUGUCAGUCAAGUAUCACAGUUACCCUUGUUGGGAACACUGUGAGCACAUCUUCUUGCAACCUCGUCAUGUCUGAGGAAGGCCGCACUUCCAUCGCUUUCAACUGUCAAGACAACACUACCAGCAACACAUUAUUUCAAAGCAAAAGCAACAAGAUAGGAAUCUCCCUGAACAUGACUGCAAACUUUGUGACAAGUGCUUCAGAAAUGUUGUGGAUUCGUGUGAAAGCUUCUCAUGGAGGACUUGUGACUGUGGCAUGUGGACCCAAAGUUCCAACAACCGUUACACAACAUUGUCCUAAGAUGACGACGACCCCUUCUGUCCCAUCCGUGAGGCCAACUAUCCCAAAUACAUCAGACAUGCCAACUAUCCCAGAUACACCAGACAUGCCAACUAUCCCAGACACAUCAGACAUGCCAACUAUCCCAAAUACAUCAGACAUGCCAACUAUCCCAGAUACACCAGACAUGCCAACUAUCCCAGACACAUCAGACAUGCCAACUAUCCCAGAUACAUCAGACAUGCCAACUAUCCCAGAUACAUCAGACAUGCCAACUAUCCCAGAUACAUCAGACAUGCCAACUAUCCCAAAUACAUCAGACAUGCCAACUAUCCCAGAUAGAUCAGACAUGCCAACUAUCCAAGAUACAUCAGACAUGCCAACUAUCCCAGAUACAUCAGACAUGCCAACUAUCCCAGAUACAUCAGACAUGCCAACUAUCCCAGACACAUCAGACAUGCCAACUAUCCCAGAUACAUCAGACAUGCCAACUAUCCCAGAUAGAUCAGACAUGCCAACUAUCCCAGAUACAUCAGACAUGCCAACUAUCCCAGAUACAUCAGAUAUGCCAACUAUCCCAGAUACAUCAGACAUGCCAACUAUCCCAGACACAUCAGACAUGCCAACUAUCCCAGAUACAUCAGACAUGCCAACUAUCCCAGAUACAUCAGACAUGCCAACUAUCCCAGACACACCAGACAUGCCAACUAUCGCAGAUACAUCAGACAUGCCAACUAUCCCAGAUACACCUGACAUGCCAACUAUCCCAGAUACAUCAGACACGCCAACUAUCCCAGAUACAUCAGACAUGCCAACUAUCAGCGCAAUACAAGUGAGAACCGGAACAGUGACAACGACCAAAUCAACAACAGUUGGGGCAACAGCGGGAACAGCGGCAGCGGCAGCAGCAGCAACGACAACACCGGCUGUUAUACGUAAAUAGGAUCUAUCAUACAUCUACCUAUUUGCUAAAGAUCUGAUACCUUUAGUAUAUGAGUAAUUAAGGGAUACAAGAUUUAAAGCCAGAAUAGAUCACGGCGUCUGUUUAUAACUUGGAUGAAAUAAACGUGAAUGAGUAGUGUGCUCACUACAAAUUAACUACCAUAUACAAUGAGGAUAAUUCUUUGAACGGAAUCUCAACGUAUGAGAUAAAUAGUAUUAAUAGUUUA